GGGCGGUUCAUAGGAAAACUUGCGUUGCAGCUGUCUGUAGUGAUGCGUCAAUUCGUUUGUCGAUAGACAGCAUGGUUGGGAGGUUUUUUAAUGAUCUGAUAUCCAUAAUUGUGGAUAUCAACAGAGAUAAUAGCUUUUAUGAUCAUCAAUAUGAAGCUAUUAAGAUUGUCAAGGCAGAAACAGAUGAACUUCACGAUAGCUUACGUAAAUUGAGCUGGUUUUACCAUCACUUGAGGACAAAAAUUCUUUUUCACAAAGUAUCUUGCGCUCACAUGGUGAAUAAUCGUGGAGUUCGGUAUUUCUCAAUGGGAUACUUUAAAUUCAAAAUGCCCACUAGUUCAAUGCAACGUAAUUAUAUUGAGUUCUUUAGAUUAUUGGAGAAAAAUCCUCUGCUUAUUGCUGAAUUGUUGCACUAUUACAAAUUAAACAUUCAGAUCUUAGAACAUAUCGCGCGUUCUGUGUGUUUGAUUACUUGCACUUAUCCUCUGAACUCAUGCAACCAACUGGUUCAACUCGCAAUUGCUCACUAUCUGCAGCAGUGCCUAAAUGUUGUGAAAUGUGCAGUUUACUCCAAGUCAGAGAUUUUAAACUUAGUACAUUUAUUCAUAUUUUGUUCCACUGGAGUUCGGUCGUUUUUAAAUUCACUUCUGCAAAACAUAAUCUUUAGGCUUACCAACAAUGAUCCGUGCUUACCGUUUAAUAUUCUGGAAUCCUCUCGAGAGAAAAUGAAAAGUAGCACUGAUUCCUCGGUUCCAAGUUUUUUUGCGAUUCUCGUCAAUAUCAUUAUUGAUAGUUUGACAGAUAACAUGCUACUGUUUCCUCAUUCGGUUCUUGUUCUGUUGGGCAAUAUACGUCAUAUUUGGUCUAAUGCCAAAUUACCACAAGAAAAUAUUUUGUGUGCCUGUGUACAAUUUGUCUUCAAGGAUUUUAUUGGGUCUGCUUUUGGUGAGCCUGAACUAUUCAAUAUCACCCUUGAUAUUAUUCCAUUUCGCAGGAUAUUCCUGGUUCUAAAAGAAACAGUUGAAAUUUUUCCUUCAUUACUUCUCGAGGGUGAUAACUCUGUGUUAUCCAAUAACGUAGCUAGUCAAAAAGCUCAACAAGUAAAUGCGAUGAUUGUGCACAGAUUAAAGUUGAACAGAUAAAAACAUUCACCAAGUUCAUAUUUGGUGCUGCUGAUUCCAUGUCCUUUCCAGGUAGUUUGCUAGGAGAGAAUGUAUCCGAGAAUAUGUCACUCAAUAAGAAUAUUUCUCAGUUUGAUGAGUUAAAUGAUGACAUUUCAACGAGUUCAUUUAACGAUGGCGUCAUUUCUGUAACUUCUAAUGAUUUGAAUAUUUUGAUUGGUUGUAUUCGUAUUCUUUUGAAAACAAAACCCAAUUCUGAUCCACUUCUUAAAUUGGUCGAUCGUUUACCCUCUCAAGUACCUGGUGCUACGAUCGGAGUGAAACAGUCUUUUGAUAAUACUUUGAAUGCAUCAGAUUCAGAUGUGAAUACAAUAUCUGCUGUGUUGGUUGAUGUAUCAGAAAAUAAUAUGGCCAAAACAAUAACUCGUGAAAUUAGUCGAUCAAAUAACAAGAUGCCAUCAUCAUUAUCACCACAAAGACGACGUAGUCGUUCAUUAAAUCGUUUAUUCAGCAUGAAGCAUAAAUCUGUUAGUCAUGCUGAAGAAAUACAUACACUGAAUAAUAAUGUUGCUGUCGCCACUGCUUAUACUACAAGUGGACAAAGUUCUAUCCAUCGAAGAAAAGAUAUGCGGUCUGAUAAUAGCGAGAAUUCAGAAAUUGUUUAUUUAUUCGACUUAAAUUCUACCUAUCAUGAUAAUAAUAGUCAUAAUGACCAUGAUAAUUUACUUCCUGACGCUGGAAUGAAAAGAAAAUGGAGAUUUAUGGUUAAUACACAUAAAAAUGAUCAUGAAAAAUUGAAUAGUUCUGUUGUCAAAUCGACUUGUUCAUAUGAUGGUGAUAAUGUUACAAUGAAUCACAAUUAUUCAAAUGUAAUUAUAAAAAGUCAGCUGAAUGGCUUUAGUCCUGGUGAUUGUAGUUUCGAAGGUGCUUGUGCUGGUGGUAGUGGUAGUGUGAUUAGUGGCACUGAUGAGUCGAUGAGUAGAUCAAGCUGUGAACAUCAUCAUCAUCAUUCCAUCGAUGAAAGUCAUACAACAGCAAAGGUCACUGCUAGCAGUGAACAAUGUAGCGUUUUUGAAUCUUCGUGUCCUGCAUUGGUAAAUACCACCGGUGGCUUAAACAGCGAAAAACAUUCAAAGAAUGACUUUUCACAAGAUCAUUUUCUAACUAAUCAGAGGUCUAGUGACGAAACUACUUCUCAAAACUCUGAUCCCAGUGGAUGUACCAGUUUAGCUAGUAGUGCUAAUGCUUUUGGCCGACAUCUUGAAACAGCAGCAUCUGUCAGUGGAUCACACACACACAAUAAAAAUCUAGGUGAUAUACAACUGAAUCAAAGCUUUUCUCACUUUACAUCGGCUUCUGGUCCUUCAAUCAAUUCAUCUUCACACAUUUCUUCGUCUUCACCGCCAACUUCUCCAAAACAUGAUUUUUGUGAUUCACCGAGUGGAAAUAUCAAUGAUCGUACUACACAAUAUGUGGCAAGUAGUUCAAUGUCUCGUGGAAUUGAAAAGCGUACUAGAUUUUCUAUUUCAGUCCUGCCUAGUAAUUCAGAAGUACGAGAAUUUGGAAAUGCUCCAUUUACACCCAACCAUUCGUUUCUAAUGCAGUCUAAAGUGCCACAAACGAGAUAUAGUAAUAGUGAACCCACUGCUUCUUCAUCAGUUGUCAGAUGUAGUUCACUUGAUCUAUGUCAAUCUGAUUUAAUCAACCGUUUAGAUCGUUCAUCAAAUGAAACAACAAGUAAAUGUGAUCCUGUUGAAAAAUCUCAUUUAGGCUUUGUUUCUGAGAUACCUGCAUCAAGUACUCUAAAGCAUAAUCAUAAAAAGUCAACAGUUCAACUUCGUUGUUCGUCUCUUACAUCUUUGUGUGGAACUACUAGCAAUACUUCACUGCCAAUACAUCGUCUACACCGACAUUCAAGGAAGCUUGGUGCAAGCACUUCCAAUCAGGAUAUUGAAGGUCCAGGUACUUCUAGCUUCUCUGUGGAUAGUGCAUCAAAUGAUAGCGAUAGUGAUAGUGGAUUGAUAGGAGCUGCAACCUCACAGCAUAGUACUGCUUCAUCUUCAUGUCAUUUUAACGCCUCCUUUUUACAUUCAUUUCAAAGUUCACAUGAUACAGCUGAUGUUAGAGAAGUUGAUGAACAAUCCAGUUUGUUAACAUGUUCAUCAUGUGGUGUACAUCUAGGUGAAGAUGUUAUCCCUGAUCCAAUUCCAGAAAAUUCAGAAUCACAAGAUGCUACACAUGAUAUUAGUAGUGAUCAAAUCGGUACACAAGUUGAUGAACAAUCUAGUUAUCCAAGAGAUGAAGAAGAUGCACUUUCUGAUUUACCACUUUCAUCAGCAAAUAUAUCUGGUCGUGUAACACCUUUAUCAUUAACAAGUACAACAUCUCGUGGUGGUCAAUUAACUCAUUCCAGUUUUCAUGGAACAGAAAAUAAUUAUCGUACUUCAGGAAUGUACUCUCAGUCUGGUUUAAUCUUACCUACUGGAACAACUUUACCACCGAAUGUAGCUCAUCUAGCAAGAUGUGGUGGUGGUAGUAGUGGUCCAGGUGAUUUUCCUUCAACACUUUUUCAACGACAUUGUACACCAGAUGUUACAGAAAAAUUUAAUAAAUUCGAUUUACCUCCGCCUCGAUUGACAGAAAAUGAAACUCGAUCUACUGUCAGUGAUACAUGGUCUACAGAUGUACUUCCAUCGGAUACAGAAUAUGCUGAUCUUGGCCAAGAAUUUUCUGGUUCUCAGGCUAAUUUAACUCCAGAAAUAAUGAGUAGGCGCUUGUCUAAUCGCACGUCACCACGUGUCUCACAUCGACAUACACAUCGUCAUCAUCAUCAUAGGAGAACAGCACCUGUAUCAGAGUCAUUAACUCCUGAAACUACAGAGGCUAAUUUAAGGCCAUUACCUGAUGUUUCUUCAGAAUCAAAUGGUGGAGAAAUGCAACAACAUUUACCAUCUGAAUCACCCUUGGAGGGGGUGACAGUUAGUGAAGAAGGUGAAAGUGGGACGGACAAUGUUGAAGUGAACAAUUCUGUUCAUCUUGAAGGAGACGCAGUAAAUUCUAAAAGAAAUCAUCAAUGUCAGGAUAAUUUUGAAUCAUCACAACCUACGGAUUCAAAUUCAACGGAGAAAAAGAUUUCCUUCUCUCAACCUUCUGCUAAUUCGGUGGAUUUCUCAGCGGCUACAGAUUAUCCUAUACCGUCUACAUCAUAUGCUAAAAUUCCACCAGUACAAACUGAUAAAGAUAAAUUUCGAACACUUCAGCCUACAGAUGGUCGACGUAGUGUGAAUGCUAAUCGUUUCCAUGGAAGUGCUCAUAAUUUAAAAGAAAGUUUUUCACGUCUCAUGGAAAGAUUAGAUAUUAUGACUAAACGUCAACGGAUAUCAACAAAUCCAAGUUUCGAAAAACAAAAUGGAAUUUCAGGAGCAUGUCACUACACUGAUUGUCAGUCCAAUCUUUAUACACUACUUCCAGAUUUAAUGGAAUCAGUUACGAUGGCGUCAGGAGGAUAUGGACAGAAUCAGUCAUCUGUAAUUAUGUCCUCGCCCGCUUUAUUAAGAAAUUGUAAAACAGUGUCGAAUACAACCAAUAAACAAGUUUCUACUGGGGCAAACAAUUCAUCUCAGCCAUCAGACGAUAACAUAAUUAAGAAAGAAGAAACUGUCGAUGAAAUGAUGGAACGUUAUCGUCGACAAACAAUCAAUUCUACAACAUCAAAUUCAAUAUCACAUUCUACUUACAAUGAAUAUUAUAAGUGUAUUCCAAGUACUUCGAAAUCCCGUUUGCUUAAAAAAAAUAAUCAUAAAAUUGAAGAUACUGAAAAAAGGAAUAAAAAUAUUCCCUCUAAGGCUUUGCUAUCAUCUGCACCAUCGUCUUCGUCCUCUUCCAAUUCGUCGUCUUCAUCAUCAUCAUCAUCGUCAUCAUGUGCGUCUUUCUCGUCUUCUACCGGUGUACAUACGCAUAGAUCAAUUCCUCAGUUAUUCAAUCUGGCUCUACAUGGAUUACAAGAAAUCUUUUCUAAUUCAGCUUUAAGUAUUAUUGCUUUGAAUACUAUUAGAAAAAUUAAGUUUACAUGGAAUUUAAUCCGUGAACAACCAUUAUCUCAAGAAGUCAAUAUGACGGGUAUAUUUCAUGAAAAUCAAAUUUUAAUUUCUUUACUUAAUUCAAUACUGGCUGGAUUGUAUGUCACUCAGCAAAAUUCAACAAUAGUUGACGUCCUCAUAGAAACAAGAAAUAUUAUCCUGGAAUUAAGUAAUCGAUUAGACAUUCAUAAGAAUUCUGAUCAUAACUCAUUACAUUCGAAUGUUGUGAAAAGUAAUCCAGUCUCGGCGGAAAUAGUAGUUAAUGGUUAUUCAUCAGAGAAUGAAUUCAACAAUCGUGAAGAUCAAAAUGAUUGGCAAUUCACAACAGCUAAUGAUCAAACAACAUCUUGUUCUCUUAUUCAAUGCUUAAUAUCUAGUCUUCGUCAAUAUCUUAGACAACGUCAAGUAUAUAGAGCUCAUUUGAUUAAAAGUCGUGAGCGAUUGAAUCAACUUAAAUCGAAUUUAGAGCUCUCAGUAAAUUGGUUGCAACAGAGUAUACAUCUUCAACAAGAAUAUAUUCUAUGCCGGAAUUUAUCUGAACUCAUCAGUCAACACAAAGAUUUAUUCACAGAAUUUCAUCAAGAAUUUACAAGUGAAACAUCCUAUUGUGAUCCAAAAGCCCGUGUUGAAAUGGUACGUAAACUUGUUAUACAAUUAUUGGAUAAAAUGAAAAUGAAAUGGCGUGAAUCAUCUUUCAAUAGUAAUACUAAUAAUACUAAUGGUAUUAUUUCAUCGGGAACAUCAUUAAUAAAUCAAUAUGAUGGAUUUAUGCUAUCAAAUAAUAUUUGGUGCAAUAAUCCAAGGAAUCAUGAUAAUAAUAAUAAUAAUAAUAGUCAUAGUGUUGAGAAUAUAUUUAUACACUUGGAAAGACUUGUCAUGGAUGAGAUAUACUCUUAUGUAAUAUGGAUGAAUGACUCUACUGUCGAAGAAGAACGUGAUGAUCUGUUUCAUCGGGAAUUAGCCUUAUUACAGAAUACAAUUACACUAACAGAACUUCGAAUACCUGAACAUUAUCAUGUUGUUCUACCGCUUCAAUCUGUGCAAAAUGAACUACGCCUACUUGACUGUUAUCAUACACCGUUCGAUAAAUUUCGUUGCCUUAAACGUGUUAUGAAUCAUAUUCUAGCUGCCUUACAAUUGGCCCACCCAACAUCAAUACCAUGCGCAGAUGAUCUCCUGCCUGUUCUUAUUUAUUUAAUAAUACAGGCAAAUCCUCCUCGUUUGCUUAGUAAUAUAGAAUUUGUAAACAACUUCGGUGGGGAUAGUUUUGAAAACGGUGAAAUACAAUAUAUUUGGUGUCAAUUUUGUUCAGCAGUCGCUGAGAUACGACAUCUUAUGUCUAUCAGACCAAUGAACAAUAACAACAACAAUAAUAACAGCAAUAAUAAUAAUAAUAAUAACAAGUCGAAUUAGUCCUUUUCUUCUCCGUUCAUAUCAUCACAUUGAUCAAACAUACUUUCAUAUGUGUUACUAGUUUUGUUCUCUCAUAUCUCUGCGUAAUUCCAUUGUAAAAAAAAUAAAAUAAAUAUUUUUUUGCUGCAUUAUUUCAGGAAAUAUGAUGAGGAGAAAUCUAAAAAAGAGAGAGAGAGAGUAGUUGUACAGGUUUUCUUUGUUUGUUUUGUCUUUUCUUUUGGCUUUGAUAAAUUAGAAGUGUAGUUGUUGUACUUGAUUGAAUGCUCAUUCAUUUUAUUUCGACUUGGUAUCUUUCUCUUUUAUUAUUGUUAUGACUGUUAUUUUUUUGACUCUAAUAUUUUGAUCAUUACACUGCAUCUCUACCUUGUUUUUGUUUUUCGUCUGAACUGACGUGUGCUGUGAUUAAUCCUGCUCCUUAGGUUAAAAAAAAAGGUUAAACGUUUUUUCCAUUGUCAAUCCUUUACUAUGACUAUUUGUUAAAUGGAAAAUAGACAAAUUGUUGUACACCAAAAUUAACUAGUAAGGCAAAUUUCUCAAGCAUUUUAUUACAGGCGUAUAACUCUUUUGAUUGCAUACAGUAUUUCAACAUAUUUCUUUAUUCUUGUUUUUUUAUUUCUUUG